CUGCAUAAAGUUGGUAAGAGAAACCUGUUGUUUUGAGUCAAGAAGAAACUUCCAGCGCAGGUCGAGGAGAGAUGGAGCAAACCGAGGUGGUGAAGCCAGAAUCUCUGGAGGACCUGAUAAAGAUCCUGCAUAACAUCUUCGCAAGUGACAGCAUCAAUGUUGAGGAGGUCCAAAAUAUAAUGGAAUCUUAUGAGAGCAAGCCUCAGGAGUGGAUGAAAUAUGCAAAGUUUGACAAGUUCAGGUACACGAGGAACUUGGUGGACAAGGGUAAUGGGAAGUUUAAUCUCAUGAUUCUGUGCUGGGGAGAAGGGCACGGCAGUAGCAUCCAUGACCACACAGACUCCCACUGCUUCCUGAAGCUGCUGCAAGGACAGCUGAAGGAGACGCUGUUUGAGUGGCCGGACAACAAAUCACGUGGAAAUAUGGUCCAGAAGUCACAGAGAGUCCUCCAGGAAAACGAGGUUGCUUAUAUAAAUGACUCCAUUGGCCUGCAUCGUGUGGAAAAUGUGAGCCACACGGAGGGUGCAGUGAGUUUGCAUCUGUACAGCCCCCCUUUCCAAUCCUGCCAGACCUUUGACCAGCGGACAGGGCACAGGAACUCUGUCAAGAUGACCUUCUGGAGCAAAUAUGGAGAGAGAACUCCUUUUGAAACCACAGUUUCACAGGAGAACAACUAGUGGUCACCAAAGGAGGCUCCGAAUGAUCAAGACGGUUGCAUUUAAAAUGACAAUGUUGUGAAAUUGAUUCAAGGGAAACUGCUGGGGAAGCAAAAUGUGGACCUACUGUGACUAAGCACCCAUUUAAAAAUCAGGAGCGGCCCAGUUCAAAAGGACAAACCAGUAAUUAGAAUGGCUUUAUCACUGCCCAGUGUGAGCUUGGCAAAUACUGAUGAGCACAGGACGAAUGCAUGAAUAGGCUUGGACAUGGAUUGAAUCUGCCUUUUGUUUGCUGGGCCGGAGGAGACCCUUUUCCAAUAACAACAUUCCUAUCUCUCUACGACCUGUGUAACCACACUUUUGUAAAGUUAUGGCCCAUAGUCAAAAAAUAGUUUUAGCAUUUAGCAAAAAAAAGAAAAAAAAAAAGAAAAAGGUGGGGUGGGGUAUUGCUGUCACAGAGUUUGUCUUAAAUUUUAUGUCUCAAGGGAAGGAAAACAGUUCUGCAAUCAAUAAUUUUGUUAUCAAUUGAGCACUUUUAUAGCUGUAUUUACUGUCAAUUUAUAACACUCAAAAUUGUCUUAACACCUGUUGAAAAUCGUGAUGAAAUGUAACAUUGUUUGUAUAAUCUGAUUGGAAACAAAUUUUGUUCCAUUUGCAUUUGGAAGAAGAAAUGUAAAGCUUUAGAGUUGUGUUGUUUUUAAAAGUGAAGUGGCUCUAAUUUAUUCGCAGGUUAGACUGUUCACCCAAGGAUUGUUUGAAUCAGCAAGCGCCCGUGUGACUCCUAAAUGUAUUCAUACUCAAGUUUCAACCAGGGGAGUGUUGUGGAGGGACUGUUUUGUAUUAUUAGCACACAGUAUGUUUAGGUAAAGCUCAUUUUUCUCAGGAUUCUGGCAUAUUUUCAUUGUAGUUGUAUGUAUAUAGUGUGCAGUUUUUACAGCAUAGCGCCUCACAUAACACUGUCAAAUGCAUGCAUGAUUUAUGUGAUGCAGUAAAUGAUUAAUCUGGCCAUAAUUGUAGACCAUUAAACUCCAUUAUCAUUUCACAGAGCA